CAGACUGCUGGGAAGACCCCGAAGCUGACCCGGCAGCCCUCCAUCGAGAUGCCCAGCAUGACGGUGGCCAACUCCAAAAGCCUGUGGGAGACGGGCGAGCUGUUGGCCCAGACCUCCCCCAGGACCCCUCCGUGCAAGGACAUCGUGGCUGGAGACAUGAGCAAGAGGAGCUUCUGGGAGCACAGAGGAGGCGGCAAGACUUCUUCCACCGUCAAGAGCACCCCCUCUGGGAAGCGGUAUAAGUUUGUGGCCACCGGGCACGGCAAGUACGAGAAGGUGCUGCUAGACGAGGGGGCGGCCCCCUAGGCCUCGGGCAGCCAGCUGCUC